AUGACCAAAGAAGACGAGGUUCGGGCUGUGCAGCCGGUUGAAUCGCAUCAGAGCAAUGGCGAGCAGGCUGAGAGCUCCCCCUUUUCCUCUGCGCAGGCCUUCUAUGGGCAUCCAUGGACUCAAAUCCUGCUCAUCAGUCUGAUAUGCUUCUGUUGCCCCGGGAUGUACAAUGCGCUUGGUGGUCUCGGAGGUUCUGGACAAGUCGAUCCAACAGUGGCCGCGAACGCUACCGUCGCUCUCCUUUCUGCAACUGCUGGUACAGCCUUGUUCAUAGUUGGUCCUCUCUUCUCGUACACAGGGCCGCGGAUCUGCUUUUUGCUCGGUGGCUGGACGUAUGCCCUGUACAGCGGUAGCUUGCUCAACUUCAACCAUCAUGACAACGGCGCUUUCGUCAUCGCGUCCGGUGCUAUCUUGGGGAUCGGUGCCUCGAUGCUUUGGGUCGUCCAGGGUGCUAUCAUGACAACUUACGUUGCAGAGUCUCAGAAAGGCCGCGCUAUCGCCGUCUUUUGGAUCAUCUUCAAUCUCGGUGGCGGAGUGGGCAGCCUCGCGUCCUUCGGUCUCAACUUUCACUCCAAAUCUGGCACAGUCUCAGAUUCAACCUACAUCGCAUUGAUGAUCAUCAUGCUCUUUGGUUGGGUAUUGGGACUGUUCAUCUGUUCGCCCAAGCGAAUCCGCCUAGCCCAGCUCCAUGCCGCCGUCGAGAGGGAGAAACAUUCGUGGGAGGCCACCAUCGGGAUUGCCGUGCGGACAAUGGCCAGCUGGCGAGUCUUUUGCAUGUUGCCUCUGUUCUUCUGCGCCAAUGUCUUCUACUCGUAUCAGCAAAACCAAGUCAACGGCAUGACUUUCGACAUUCGGACUCGCUCUCUCAAUGGAGCUUUGUACUGGAUCGCGCAGAUGCUCGGUGGUCUCCUGAUCGGCGUCCUCCUGGAUCUCCCUUUCCUCACCCGGCCCAUGCGAGCCCGCGUUGGAUGGGUUGUGCUCUUUGUCACCGGCAUGUCCAUCUGGGGUGGAGGAUAUGCGUUUCAGAAAUGGCAAGAUCGCCGACUCGCCGCUGGGUUCAAGCAAGACAUCGACUACACCCAGGGCUCGGUGUCGACCGGACCGAUCUUCCUGUACAUCUUCUACGGUGCCUAUGACGCGCUGUGGCAGGGAUUCUGCUAUUGGCUCAUUGGCACCGAGUCAAACUCGACCUCACGGGCGGCCAUUCUCGUUGGUGCAUAUAAGACCUUUCAAGCGACUGGCGGAGCAAUGGCUUGGAGAAUCAAUGCCUUGCACAAGAGUCCCAUGACGCAGCUAGGAAUGAACUGGGGUCUGUCGAUGGGAGCAUUGGUAAUCGUCUUGCCAACGGUUUGGACCGUCACGGCAAUCACCAUUGAGAAGCCGGUCCGCAAUCAGGACCUGGAGAUGAAGAUUCAAGAAGUCGAAGCUAGGGUGGAUAAAUAG